CUAACCACUAUACUCCCAAGCAAAGGAAACCCUCGAAAUUAUACGGAGGAAGACGUGAUCUUGAGCCUCUUUCUGAUCCUGCUUCCAUACGUCGAGCAACCAGCGCCGGCAACACAAGCGCAAGCGCAAGCGCACGCACAAAGGAUCGAUACGAACGAUUCCUCGGUCGCUUCGCUCAUCUUCCUCGCUGCGAUCCGGCUGUUGAGUCACCUCGAGAAAGCAUCAACGAACGAGCCUGGAAAUCAAGGAGAAAGCAUGACACGACAAACGGUAUUGGUCAAGGCGAGGAAGAAAGCGAACGAAGAGGUGCCGGAGGAUUGGGACGCGCAACAAUCAGACUCGGAUUGCGCAUCUGGAUCUGGAUCAGGGUCUGAUGGAGGUGCGCAAGCCGGUGCUCGACUGAAUGCGCGGCAUGAGCAUACGAGAUAUGCGAAUGGUGCGAGCGCAAGCGUCGAUGCUGGAGCUGGAGCUGGUUCUGGAGCUGUUGCUGGAAAGUCGGCUGCUGGGUCGGGGUCCCGCGGAGACACGGGUAGAGUGAAGCCGCCGAAAGCUGACGUUGGGGCUGAACCUAGGGCAGAAGCUGCUGGCCAGCAUACCCAAUCCGCGCAGACAUCAACAUCAGCGCCUUCUACUGCACGCUCUGAACAGAAGAUAAGAAUCUUGGCGGGUGGAGGUGGCUCAGCGUUAGCUGGCCUCACAUCAACAUCCACCAAAUUGCGAGGCAGUACUGGCAGCGUUGCUGCUCCUGCUGGGUACGCUGACGCAUGGGAUGAUGAGCAAGCGUAUGAGGUGGACGCGCACCUCAAUACACCGGGUGGGUCAAGUGGACCUGCGCAGGCACGUGGGCCAGGAGACAUCAAUGGUGGAGCUGCAGAAUGGGCUUCGAAGGAAUGGAACGCUGCCAAUUCUCAAUUACCCACACUGGCACCCACCUUGUCUUCGCGAGGCACACUUCCAUCCCUCUUGGGUCCCUCUCUGAACACAUCAGACGUCUCGCGCCAACCUCCCAAGAUUCUCAGUCGACCAAAAGAUCAAUACGGUAAUGUGUUGGGGCUGAAACAGGAUGAGAGAGGGAGCGGAGCAGCAAAGAAAAAGACGUUGAAGGAGAGAGAGGAAGAGUAUAGGGAAGCUAGAGACAGGAUAUUUGGGGCUGCUGCUGGUGGUACGCAGGAGCAGACGAAGGAGACGCGUGGCUCUACAUCUACAUCUACAUCUACAUCUACAUCUGCUGCCACUGCCACUGCCACUGCCACUGCCACUGCCACUACUGUCUCAAGCACGGGAGCGAAACGCAACAUGGACAAGAAAGGCGCUCCUAGACCGGCGCGCAAUCUCGAGGGACAAGCACAAAGCCGACUGCGUUCAGUCCCUUCUGAUCUGCAAGAAGCAGCAGUCCUCGGCUCGCAAAAGGCUAGGAUCUUGCAUGCCGGUCAAGCACAACCUCGUGCGCCACUGCCCUCAUCCGCAUCCUCUGGAUCAAUAGGAUUCAAAAAUUACAAUCGACAACCAGCACGAAAUAGAGCGGGAGCAGGAACAAUAGAGGAGUCGCAGAUGUCUAGAGGUAGCGGUGUUUGAUCAUCGCGCCCAUUUGAAUAAGGUCAUGCCCAUUGAAUGGAGAAGGAGGUCGCCAGUCCAUCGGUGUAUUCCCAUGCUAUCAUUGCUGCGAAUUUUCAGACAUUUGCUACACGCUCUGACGUCCACCACCAAGGAGUCAGAUGGACAAAUAUUCAUGCGUGGUAUGUACGGACUUGGCUUCAUGAUGAUCGCCGCCGACGCAGCACGCAUAGUCGAAAGGAUCACCAAAAGCAUCGUGGGCAGCUACAAGGGAGCAA